AUGGCUUCCACCAAUUCCUACUACCCAAGCUUCCCCCCUCCUCCACUGGUGCCCAUCCGCGAUCGCGGGAACAGCCGUGCUCCCCCUGCGGCUUUGCUUUCUGUUGGAAAUAAUAACGCCCUCGGUUUGUCAAUCACUCAGCCUAGAUACAGCUGUGAAUCGGACGCAUCUUCCAUCAACAGCGUUUUCACUGGCGGCAGUCCCCCGACCAAAGGGCUGCGCCCACCGCCCAGGCUACACAUGCGAGCGCCAGCCAAGACAAUGCCGACGAUCCCAGGGUCUCCCACUGAUGAGAAGGAGGGACAAUAUCAGGGCCUCUCCCCCCUGGCGUCUCGGGUCCCUGUGCUUACCUUGACAAUUCCGAACACACAAGCAACAGUCACGUCUCCCAGCAACGACAAAAUUCCUGAAGAACACAAACGGGUGCCAACUCGCCUUCCCUGUUCUCCUUUGUCGCCUAUUAGAGGCUUCAUGGCCGCUCGGCGCAACCGCAGGUCCGGCGGUGUGCCCGUCCCACCUCCUAUCGUGGUCCCUUCGCCGCCAGGCAGGAGCUCUCGCUUCAAGGAGCAAACGAGUCCCAGUCCGGCGCUGGAGACGGUGAUUUUCAGCCCACCCCCUAUUCCUAGUGCUCCCAAGAAGAGAAAGACGGUCUGGGAGGGAUGGUGGGAUAUCGGACUGUUGGAGAGGAUGAACACCAUCAAGAGAAAGGCGCUCCCUAAAUAG